UUGUUUUACCGUACAAGAUAAUGUCAGUGUCCAGCUCUAAUUACUGUAGCAAAGUCCACCAGUGCGAUUUUCUCUGUUUUCCCUUCAAUUCCUCCGCUCCUUUUCCCACCAACCAAACAUGACCAACGUUCCGAUAGCAGCAUGACGCCAGUCACGGUUUCUCGUCAGACCAAAUGUCCCUCAAACCCAACCUCGACACACUCACCACCACUAUCUCCUCCCUUUGUCCUCAUCCCCAAAUAAAUCCCGGGCCCAUUAUUAAAUACCCAAUGCCCUUGUCAUCCUUAUCCAAAUCCCUCCUCUUCCUGCACCCGAAACGCCCAUUCCACAUGGCCAAUCUCACCACUCCCAGGGCUCGCCUUCGGGGCGUCGUCUUCGACAUGGACGGAACCCUAACCGUCCCCGCCAUCGAUUUUGCCGCAAUGUACAAGGCCGUGCUCGGCGACGACGAGUUCCGGCGGAUUAAGGCUGAGAACCCAUCCGGGAUUGACAUCUUGCACCACAUUGAGAACUGGAGCCCCGACAAGCAGCUCAAGGCCUACGAGACCAUCGCCGAUUACGAGCGCCAGGGCCUUGAUCGCCUCCAGAUCAUGCCCGGUGCAGCAGAACUUUGUGGGUUUCUCGAUUCAAAGAAAAUAAGAAGGGGAUUAAUUACGCGCAACGUUAAGGCAUCUGUUGAUUUGUUUCAUCAACGGUUUGGGAUGACGUUUCAACCAGCACUAAGCAGGGAAUUCCGUCCUUACAAACCAGACCCAGCACCCCUACUACAUAUCUGUUCAGCUUGGGAAGUUCUACCAAACGAAGUAAUGAUGGUGGGCGAUAGCCUUAAAGAUGAUGUGGUUUGUGGGAAGCGAGCAGGAGCAUUUACAUGCUUGCUUGAUGAAACAGGUAGGUAUGACUCACCUGAUUAUGCUGCCGUAAAUCUAAAGCCAGAUUUCAAGGUGUCUUCCCUGGCUGAAGUUCACACUCUAUUAGAAGAACAUUUCGACCUAGCACCAUGAUCUCCAAAGCUGUUGACCAAAAGGCUUUGAGCCUUCAAAAAGAGAAGCAUUUGUUUGUGCUUUAUGCAGGGAAGAUGUAGGUUAGAAUACUUUUUGGAUGGCGUGUUCUUGUUCUCAGAAAGAUCUUGAAAAGGUCAAGAUGAAGAAGAUAAGAGGAUAUCAAGAAAAACAGCAUUAAGCAAAAAGAUAGAGGCUCGUUCUUCAGUCUAAAUCUGCCUUUUUAUCUUUUGGAGUCAAUGGAAAGCAAAUCGAUAUUUGCAGUUGCUAGAACCAUUUUCAAAGACAUUGUUAAUGCAAGACUGUUGUAUAUGUACAAACCACUUCUGGAAGGAUUCACUUUCAAAGUGUCUGGUCUCAUUGGUAAAAGCUGUGUUCAGGUU